GUGAGGGCUGGUGAUGGAUGAAGCGACAGGCUGCAGAUCCCUGUGAGCACGAGAGAAGAGGAAACCUCCUCCUAACCCUGUCUCUAGAGAUCGCCGGUCAGUAUGGAGCUCCUGGCCAGGGGUCAGAGGUCGAACGGCUUGCGUCCGGCGGGCUGCGGCUCGGCUCUGCCGCCUGAGUUCUGGCCGCUGUGCGACGCCUGGGGGAUUGCGGUGCAGGCUGUGGCUGGCGCGGGGUUGGUCAGCUGCGCGGGGCUGAUGCUAGCUCUGCUAUGGUCGGCGUGUGCGUCCGGCGCGGCGCUAAUGCUCUUCCUGCUAGCGACGGCUGGAAUAUUCUCCCUUCCCUACUGCUUCCUUGUGGCCCUGUCCCCGCAGACGUGUCCGGCACGGGUGUUUGCGUUCAGUGUGCUCUUCAGCCUGGCGUUCGGCGCUCUGCUGGCGCGCGGGCUAGCGCUGCUGGGCGUGGCACUAGCGCGCGGCUGGAGGGAGGCAGGACUGGCCGCGGCACUAGCACUAGUGCAGGUGAUCGUAGCGGCCGAGUGGCUGCUGGUGGUGCUGGUGCGCGACGAGAGGACCUGCCAGUUCUCGCAGUCUGAGUUCGUCAUGCUGCAGAUCUAUGUGAUGGUGCUGCUAGCCGCGGCGCUAGCGACGGCGCUGCUCUUCCUCCGGCGCGCCUGCGUCAGCUACAGCUACAGCUCCAGCGGACGCCCGCGGCGGCGGAGCAAACUGCGCGCGGUGCUGCUGGUGCUGACACUGCUGCUGAGCGCCGCCGUGUGGAUCGUCUGGGUCACACUCCUCACACACAGGAGCCACAGCCUGCUCUGGGACGAGCCUGUCAUCUGUGCAAUGCUGACUGCUAACGGCUGGGUGCUGCUGCUGGGGCACGGCUUCCCUCAGGUCCUCUUGCUGCACGAGCGCGCCGCUCCUGCCAGAGAUCCGCCGCUGGACCUCACCGGAUGGAGGAGCCCCAGGACCCUGCCGCCGGCUCCACCGGACCCUAAGACUGGCGCCGAGAACCCCGGCUUCCAGACGGACGCAGACGCCAGGAGAGGUGCAGACCUGACGGUGUCUGGAGUCUUCAUGAGGGAGAUCAGUGCAGAGAGAGACUACAGCAUCCCUCGACCCUCCACCACCAACAUCACAUAUGAGGAGUGACCACACACACAUACACACACACACACACACACACACCACCAACAUCACAUAUGAGGAGUGACCACACACACAUACACACACACACACACACACACCACCAACAUCACAUAUGAGGAGUGACCACACACACAUACACACACACAGAGCAAUGAGCAGCCUUUUUUUUUUUUUUUUGCAGCCACUGCUUUGAGCACACUGGUUUCAGAC